AAGUAGUGUUCUUGCUUACAUUUUUGGGGUCCAAGCCAAAAAGUACAGUAACUUAGUUGGUUCUGUAAAAUAAUGGUUGACAGUUGAUAAGAUUAUUUAUUUUAUAAUAUUUUUAAUUUACGCGUUUCUUCGGCCAUGUCUGCAAGCUGCUGCUAUUUUACCGUGGUGUUUCUGGUCUCGGCUCCUUCGUUCUUGUCGUGUCUGCUAGUUACGGGCGCUCAGGUCGCCUUGGUCGAGGUUCUGCUGAGAGAACGUCCAGAUGUCAGCACCGUUCUACAAGGCGAGGUGCUCGAAGCGAACUGGGAAAGCAGCAGCGUACCCGAAAAACACAAUCAACAACAAGAGCAUGAUCUCGAAGGGGACCUCAUAUUAGUGCAGGAUGAGGAGCCGCAGGUGAGCCGGGAUAAAGGUGGGGGUGUCCAAGCCAAAGACCAGGAGCCCUGGAUAGGUGUGGUGCCUGUUAAAGUGGAGGAGAGCAAAGCUUCCACUGCUGGGAACAGCCAGGAAUCCUUUGCUGCUGCCGUUGUCAAUAAAAUGAAACGAGCCUUGGUCCUGGGGGCUUCUGCACUCAUCAUCCUAGCCCUCAAUCAGAACACUAUCAGAGAGAUGGAUCUGUCCCAAGUCCUCUCUAAGCCAGUCAUUGUCAUCCAGACAUCAGAAAAUGUUACCAAGCUUAUCGGAGCACUCCUCAGGGGCCUUCAUGCUACUGUGAAAAUCACAUACAAGACUAUUCUACAGGACAACUUGGGGGCCACCCUGACGUUGUGGUCCACUUGCGGUCUCUCCAGAGGCGGUCUGUAUGGAGAGUGGCAGGGGGUCAUCUGCACCGGAGAGACCAACUCGCAGGUCCAGAAGUACCUGCAUCAGCUGUGGAACACGGUCCUACUGGUGGCUCUGAUCCUCUGUACAGGGGUCAUAGUUCAGGCUCGAUGGCAGUACCAGGACAACCAACUCAAUGACGACCUGGAGUUACCAAAACAGGACAUUCUGAAGAGACUGUCUUCCCUGAAGACCAGGAUGUACCGGCAGCCCAAACCGUGGUGUGACCCAGCGCAGCUAGAGACAGACAACUGUGCUGUCUGUCUGGAACAGUUCAACAACAACCAGUGUCUUCGCGUGCUGCCCUGCCUCCAUGAGUUCCACAGGGACUGUGUGGAUCCGUGGUUGCUCCUGCAGCACACCUGUCCUCUGUGUAAACGCAGCAUACUCAGUAACCUCUGUAGAGACAGCUAAUGGUAGCCUUUGCCCAACUCCUCACCCCACUGACCAGGGCCCAGUUUUUAAAAACUUUUAAUCUCGAUUCUGUAAUCCCCAUUUUUGCUAUCCAGGUUCAAAUCAAUCUGGCUGUUUUUGAGCCAGUUUUCAGAAAAAAAUCAGGAUCAUUCUGAUCCAGAUACCACAAUGUCAAGAUCACAGAAUUUGGAUUUUCAGUGUUUUGAACAGGCCUAAAUCUUGCCAACUACUGGACAAAUUGUGGUACCACUUCUACACUGUCAUGAGUGAACUACAUGAAUGGGGGAUCAAGAUAAUCCCAGUUUUUGGCAUCAAAACUAUCCUAAUCAGUAUCUUUUAGAGUUUUGGCAUGAUUCAAAAAAUGACAUGAUUAAAGGUCAGAUGGAUUACCAAAUCCUUAUCCAGAGGAUUAUAAUCACAUUUUUCAGUUACAUGUUUGUAAUAAUUUUUAAUCCUGUCCGAUUCCGGAAUCCGAUCAGAUAACUUCUGAAAAGCUGGGCCCAGCACAUUGGGAUCAAGUUGUCUUGUAGUCUGUCGUGACGAGUUUUCAGUAGCAGUUCCAGACCUCACCUCUUCCUCCUGCACUGGAUUGUGGUCAGGGGAGCUUCUCCCAGCAGCUGGCCUUCUUAUUGGACAAUAUUGACCUCUGACCUUUUGUGGACAGCCAAUCCUGAAGUAGCUUCACUUAUGUGGUACUGUAAAACAAAUGUUACCGUACCGGUGUUGAAACAAACAGUACUUUCUUCCUGGGAUAACAUACUGUACCAUGACGUUACUCUAUUCUCUCCCACCCACCUCUCUCUCUCGCUGUAUGUGUGAUAGAGUACUGGUGCCUCAUGGUGAAAGUGUCUAUACAUGUGGAGAAUUCUAGAAGGGCAUUCUAAUGUUCUGUGAAUCUGGUGGAAUUCCAUGUAUGUUCUUUACAGGGAAAUGAAUUAAGUCCAAGGCAUUUUAAUGUGAAAAAAUAAGAUAUAGCUAGGUAUAUUUGCAUGGAUGUUAAAUGCAAUAUAGUACAAAGCAUUGAUAACAGUGUGUUGCUAACUGGCAUCAAAAUGCAUCUGGUCAUGUGGGGCCCAUAUUCCACCAUAUCACAGGGUCAGUAUAAUCUCAAAAGUUAAUUUAAAUUUGUAUAGAUGGACUAAUUUCAUCCAGACUAUUAUUGUGUACUCUUUUGAGUCCAAUUUCAAAGUGUGUGUUAAUUUCUGAAUUAAUAUGAAAAAGGGCAGGGGUUAAUUAUGUAGGGGUAACAAUUAAAUUGUUACCCCUACAUUUGUCAAACUCUGUAGAGAGACUGCUCUAUGAGGUAAAUACCAGAUAACCAGAGUAGCUGUACAGACACAGCAUGUUACAAACACAGCCGCACUUAGAGUGUACUACUUGACAGUACUUAUGUUAUAUUAAUCCUUUGUAGUCCUUAAAUUGUUUUAUUAUAAACCAGUGACCUUGUAGAACUGAAACAGACUUGACCUUGGCUAACCAAUGAGUAUAGUAUGGAAAGGUCAAAUGGAGUCACUUGUAUCACACUUCAACCACUUUCACUCAACCACAUCCCACAGGCCGUCAUUGUAAAUAAGAAUAUUUCUUAACUGACUUGCCUAAUUAAAUAAAGGUUAAAUAAAUAAAUAAAUACACCUUAUAGGGAAAUGUGAAUACUUUAAAUGCUUCCUACCAUCAGCUAAUCACUAGAGAAAUAUAGCUGCAGUUUCCAUCUUUCACCAUCCUAUGGUAUUAUGUUGCCACUAGAACACUUUAAAGUCAACGCUCAGUUCCCACAGAAAUACUCCAUUGGAAAAGCUCUAACCACAGUAUUAAAUGUAUUUAUUAUUGUUUGUUUUUAAAGAGAACUUCAAAAAGCAAAUUGUAAUUUUUUUGUUGUUGUACAAAAAUGCUCUUAUAGAUCUUUCUAUAGAAUUCUCUUGUUAUAAAGUAGUUGUGCAUGGCGA